CUGCAGUUUGGGGACGAGCAGUGCAGGCGGUGUUGUUGUGACAAGGGCAAAAUAUAACCAGUAUAAUGGAAAACGAAUUCCCACCAGAGCCCAACAGUGCCAAAAAAGGAAGAGCAAUGAUUGCUUUGGACGAUGGCGAUGAUGAUGAAGUUCUCAGUCCAACAGACCUGUCUGAGCUGUUGGCCGAGGGGACCAAGGAGGCCCACGACAGAGCAGAGAACUGCCAGUUUGUCAAAGAUUUCCUCAGGGGACGCAUUAAAAGAGAGCUGUUUAAGAGAGGCACAGCAGCUCUAUAUUUUGUCUACUCGGCUAUGGAGGAGGAGAUUGAGAAGAACAAAGAUCAUCAUCAUAUUGCUCCAAUCUAUUUCCCAGCAGAGCUGCACCGGUGUGAGGCCCUGGCCCAGGACCUUGAGUAUCUCUAUGGAGAAGACUGGGAAAACCGGAUUAGCCUAUCUGCAGGCACCAAGCCUUAUGUGGACCGCAUCCAUGAGGUGGGGGAGAAGGACCCGAUGUUGUUAGUGGCCCACUCCUACACCCGCUACAUGGGUGAUCUCUCAGGUGGACAGAUCCUUAAGAAAGUGGCACAGAGGGCUUUAAAGCUCCCCUCAACAGGAGAAGGUCUCAAUUUCUACCAGUUUGAGGGAAUCCACAGUCACAAAGGCUUCAAGCAGCUUUACCGAAGCAGGAUGAAUGAGCUGGAACUGGAUGCUGAGACCAAAGACAGGAUUGUGGAAGAAUCUAAUCGGGCUUUUGGCUUUAACAUGAUGGUAUUCACAGAACUUGAAGAGCUUGGAAAGACUAUCAAAGAGGAGGUCCAAGAUGCAGGGUUUGGACACAGUCAUGCAGAGAUGAUGGAGGGUGGGGAUAUCAACAAGUGCCCAUAUUAUGCAGCUAAAAUGGCUGUUAGUGGAAAUCCUACGCAUGUGUGCCAGUUAGCCAUGACACUUCUCAGACAUCCGCCCUGCCAGGUGGUUCUGGCUGCCUGGAUGGCUGUCCUCGCUGGGUUUACUGCCUGGUACUUUAUGUGAUCUCUGACACACUUGAUCUGCUGAAGAACAGUCAUGGACACUGUUAGAUCCAGCCAAACUUCAUCUUCCUUAGUUUGACCAGUACUAUCAGAAAGGGCCAAACACUUUAUCAGAAACUAGAUGAUUUUUGAAAUUGUGCCAAGAGUUUUCCCCUAUCAAUCCCACUCUGCGUUCCACUGAAUGGAAAACACAGCUUUCUACUUCGGAAACAGCUUAUGGUGGUGAAAGAGCUUUUGCAGUGAUGCAGUUGUUUGAAAAGCUAUUUUAUGAUGCAUGCACUUUGAGUUAAGCGACACUUUAUGGAUGUAGAAAUAUUAAAUGCAUACUCUUCUGUUAAUGUUAUUAAAAUGUUUUUGAACAGUUUUAGUGUCAAGGACUCUUAUGAGAGUUGAACACUUGAGGCAAAGUAACCAACCAAGAGAGGACCUUGGUCAGGGAGGACUGUAAAUAUGCAAUAGAUUCUAAAAACAUGUUUCCACUUUGUUAUGGUGGAGUUUUUAUUGUAUACAUUUAAAGAUAAACACAGUAAGGUGUGCAAAGACAAAACAAGAAAAAUCUGAAUUGUUUCUGAAGCAACUCAACAUUAAAAU